CGGUAAGCCGAUUCCCGAUUUUAGCCCCUCUUACACCGCCACUGCCUAUCGAUAGCGCAACAGGUUCUGCAGCAGCUGAGUUAGCUUGUUAAAUUUCUCCGUUAAAAUAAUAAUAACAGAUCAUAAUGCUUCGUUCAAAAGUGCUAAGUUUGGUGGCCCGUAGUGCCUCCAGUCGUCUGAUGUCAACCGGCACAAAGUUGACCACUGUGGAGGUAAAUGACAAAAGCGGCAUCGCCAUACUCACAAUGAACCGGCCACCCGUAAAUGGUCUCAACUUGGAACUGCUGCAGGAUCUGAAGAGUUCCAUUGAUGAAAUCGAGGACAACAAAAGCCGCGGUCUCAUCCUGACAUCAUCGAGCUCGACAAUUUUCUCGGCUGGUCUGGAUAUCCUGGAGAUGUACAAGCCGGAUAAGGACAGGAUUCGCGCCUUCUGGACGCAACUGCAAGAGACUUGGCUGGCGCUUUAUGGCAGCAGUGUACCCACAGCAGCAGCCAUCAAUGGCCACUCCCCCGCCGGCGGAUGCUUGCUGGCCACUUCCUGCGAAUACCGGGUUAUGGUGCCAAAGUUCACAAUUGGUCUAAAUGAAACCCAACUUGGUAUCGUGGCCCCAAAAUGGUUCAUGUCCUCAUUUUUGAGCGUUUUGCCACAGCGGGAAGCAGAGCGUGCUCUCAACCAAGGACGCAUGUUUACCACGGAAGAGGCUCUAAAAGUGGGUCUCAUCGAUGAGACUGCCAACAGCAAGGAGGAGGCCAUCGAGAAAUGCACUGCCUUUAUUGGAACCUUUGCUAAGGUCAAUCCGCUGGCCAGGUCACUGACCAAGCAGCAAUUCCGCGCUGCCGAUCUGCAGCAAUUGGAAAAUGAACGCAAGGAAGAUUUGGAGAAGUUCCUGUUCUUUGUCAACCAACCAGCCGUGCAGAAGGGUCUGGGCAUUUAUCUGGAGGGUCUGAAGAAAAAAGCCAAGAAGCAAUAAUCAAAUGAUUUUAUAAUUUCCAUUUAUGUGUUUAACUUUGUACUCAUGAAGCAAGAAUAAUUGUUUAACCGAGAAAAUAAAAUAUGAUUUUAAAUGUUUUUUAAAAACAA